UCUGCGCGUGCCAACAUACUUUACCAUCUGCGGGACGGACCCGUCGCCCGACCUGUUUCUCUCUCUUCCUGGUCCUCGCUGGGCUGGCGACACGAGCAGCGCUAGCCCGAGGGCUUCAUUUCCGCAGCGUUCGGGUAGGGUAAAAGAGAGAGAAAGAUGAGGGAGAGAGGCAAGGCGGUCCAGUCAUCGGUGGACGACCGGUACACCCAGUGGAAGUCCCUCGUCCCUGUCCUCUACGACUGGCUUGCUAACCACAACCUCGUCUGGCCCUCCCUCUCCUGCCGGUGGGGUCCGCAGCUCGAGCAGGCAACAUACAAGAAUCGUCAACGCCUAUAUCUUUCUGAGCAGACUGAUGGCAGCGUUCCUAAUACUCUUGUUAUAGCAAAUUGUGAAGUUGUCAAACCAAGGGUUGCGGCUGCAGAGCAUAUCUCCCAGUUUAAUGAAGAAGCUCGCUCUCCCUUUGUUAAAAAGUUCAAAACUAUCAUCCAUCCUGGGGAGGUUAACAGAAUUAGAGAGCUUCCUCAGAACAGCAAGAUAGUGGCAACACAUACUGACAGUCCUGAUGUACUUAUAUGGGAUGUUGAGGCGCAGCCUAAUCGUCAUGCUGUUUUAGGAGCUGCUGACUCUCAUCCAGAUUUGGUAUUAACAGGACAUCAAGAAAAUGCAGAAUUUGCACUUGCCAUGUGUCCUUCAGAUCCUUGUGUACUCUCUGGAGGGAAGGACAAAUUGGUUGUUCUGUGGAGCAUACAAGAUCAUAUCUCCACUUUAGCAGAGUCAGCUGCUAAAUCCCCUGCAACACCAGCAACCUCAAGUGGUAAGCAGCCUGCAAAAGCUGGUCAUGAGAAAAGCUCAGACAGUCCUACAGUUGGGCCACGAGGUGUGUAUCAGGGGCAUGAGGAUACUGUUGAAGAUGUGCAAUUCUGCCCUUCUAGUGCACAGGAAUUCUGUAGUGUAGGUGAUGAUGCCUGCCUCAUUCUGUGGGAUGCCCGGGCUGGUACUAGCCCAGCCAUCAAGGUUGAAAAAGCUCACAAUGCUGAUCUUCACUGUGUCGAUUGGAAUCCACAUGAUGAAAAUCUUAUUUUAACUGGAUCUGCUGAUAAUUCUGUUCGUAUGUUUGAUCGCCGGAACCUAACUUCUGGUGGAGUUGGAACACCAGUAUAUAAGUUUGAAGGUCACAAAGCUGCUGUUCUUUGUGUCCAGUGGUCUCCCGACAGAUCAUCAGUUUUUGGAAGUGCUGCAGAGGAUGGCUUCCUCAAUGUUUGGGAUCAUGAGAAGGUUGGCAAGAAGAAGGAACGUGGUGGAACAAGGAUGCCCAAUUCGCCUCCUGGAUUAUUCUUUCAACAUGCAGGGCAUAGAGAUAAAGUCGUAGAUUUCCACUGGAAUGCUUGUGACCCGUGGACCAUUGUUAGUGUCUCUGACGAUGGUGAGAGUACUGGUGGUGGUGGUACGCUACAGAUAUGGCGCAUGAGUGACUUGUUAUAUAGGCCAGAAGCGGAGGUUCUGGCUGAGCUGGAAAAUUUCAAAUCCCACAUUUUGACGUGCACACCAAAGUCGUAAAUGUUCAGAUAUUUCGAAGUUAUAACCGCUACGACCUGCCUUGGCUCUUACAUUUGUUAGAAUGCUAGUUUCUUGUAGACAUUGGUAAACUUUGUCGUGGAAACUUUCUAAAAGAAACGGGAUCGUGAGCGAGUGAAUUUGCUACGUCUGUAACUUAAAUACUAAUUUAUGGCAGUGCAAAUUGCUGGAUUUAUCUCU